AUGACGGAGCAGCCGCCGCGUCCGAAGCAGGCCGCAUGCCUGGUGUGCAGGCGCAGCAAGAUCAAGUGCGAUUGGAUGCCCUACGAGGCAAAGUGUAGACGCUGCAUUCACCUCAACUGCGAGUGCAUCCGCCCCGAGUUCCAUCCCGGCCGGCAAAAGGGCAUCAAGAACAAGCGGGUCGGCCUCGACAAGGCCCUAUACCAGCUCCAGCAGGCCGUCAAGCGCGUCAAGUCGGGAGAGGCGCGAGGCGCAGAGGAGCGAAACCUCGUGGCCAGCCUGAGACAGCUGCUGGAGGACGUAGACGCUAGUGAAGAUGCAGAUGCGGCGGACCACUCGUCCAGGCAGGGCUCGCGGAGCAACACCCAGGAGGAGGACGGCGAGGGCGAGGGCGGCUCGACCUCGAGCGGCAUCGACGACGACGACGACGACAACGACCGGUCCAUGGCCGACUUUGUGCAGCGCACCGAGGAGAGCCUGGCCAUUGACGACGCCGAGAACCCGCUUCAGCUGCUGGCGCGCGCGUCCUACUUCCAUCCCAGUGACCGUCGUAGCCGGAACUCGCCCCAUUCGAACCCGAAGCAGCACGACUCGUCCUCGGCCAAGCAGGAUCCCGAGUCGACAAAGGUCCAGCAGUUCUUCUCCCAGGCCAAGGUGAAGCUCGACAUUGGCGAGGACUUGGACCCUGUGGAUCUCGGACUGGUGACUAUGGACGAGGCUGAGUCGUUGUUUAACUACUUUUAUUCCAAACUCGUACACACACGGUGGGGACUGUCUCCCCGAGUUCACACAGCCGCCUAUGCGCGUAGCCGAUCUGCGUUCCUCUUUACCACGGUCAUGGCCGCGUCUACGCUCUUCAUGCCUACUGCAGGGCCCCUCUCCAAGAGGCUGUUUAACCAUGUCAAGAUGCUGGCCCAAAAGGUGGUCAAUGACAAGUACAAAUCGGUCGAGAUCGUCUUGGCGUUCAUGACCCACAUCCCUUGGAUUUUCCCGGGCGAUCACACCAUGGACGAUGAAACCUGCAUGUACAUUUCCAUGGCGACUACCAUUGCGUUUGAUUUGUCUCUUCACAAGGUGCUGAUGCCCAUGGACGCCCUCGAGUCCUCGACGACGGUGUCAAAGGGCGAGUGUCUGGAUCCACGGAUUGCCCUUGCAAUCGAUGGGUUUCCAGAUAUCGAUCCGUGGUCAGAGCAGGGUCAGUUGUUGCUGCGAGCACGAGAGAGAUGCUACAUCUCGUUGUUUGUCGUUGAGAGAGGAAUGGCUUUGGCCCGUGGUAGACCUUUUAUGAUCCCAAUUACACGAAACAUCAAGGAUUGCGACACCUGGCAUCGGUCUCCUAUCGCGGAUGAGCAAGACGGCCCUGUAGCCUCCAUGGCUGUGAUGAGACGAAACUUGGAUGGCCUUUUCAAUACAGUUCGAGCGCUCUGCGACGGCUCUCAGACUAGCAAUAGUGAUGGAUCACUGGUGGCUCGAUCGAUACAAAGCGCCAUAGAAAGAUUUUUCGACCAGUGGCUUGCAGAAUGGGGUUUGAUGAUUGGUUUAGGUCCUGAGCGUCGCCUGCCUCCAUAUGUCGAUAUUCUUGUCGCCCACACUCGCCUCUCAACGUACGGACGCAUCAUCAACCACCCAACAGCUCCCGUCGAGGUUCGCAUCUUCUUCCGAACGGCCGGGUUGUCAGCUGCUCUGAAUGUGAUGAGGGCUGCGAUCCAGGGAGAGUCGCAGCUGCAGUCGAUGCCGAACAACACAGCCAUUAUGAUUUCCUUUGCCGCGUGCUUUGCUUUGAAUAUCAGCGCGUAUGCUCCGGACGGCUCUGGGCUUGCACCGAGCAUCAGAAGGUUAAUUGAAGAGGCCAUUGCUGUGUUGGACCGGAUUGGAACAGUCACUCCACAUAGGAAUGGGCUCUCUGUACUGUAUGGAAAACAUCUUCGGCAUUUGCUGCGGAUAUCAGGCCCGACGACGAAGAGCAACCGGCCGCCAAAGGCACAAAGGACAACGCCAUCGUCAUCGGAGCCCAUGCAGGACACGCCUCCAGCCCUGCCGAGCAGCUUCAUGGACCAACAGAUGCUGUGGCCGGACAUGGUUCAGUUUUCCACCAUGUCGGACGACCAGAUUGCGCAGGUGCUGAACCAGCCAGGCAACGUUUUUGAGCCAUCCUUUGGCAGCAACAUGUCGUGGGAGGACAUGAACAACUUUGACUGGCUGAAUUGGCCAGCUUUCAACGCGAAUUAG